GUGUGUGACAAAACGGCCUAAUUAGUUUUUGCGUGUAGGAUGAUUUGGCGUAACUUCAAAACCAAAACAAAAACGGCCGAUCAAUUGGGCGAAACUUGCAGACGUAACUGAAAUCGAAAACAAUAAUAGGGCGAAACUCGAAAAUCUCUGAAAUCACGUGAAAAAAGUUAAAGUUUUUGAUAACCAUCGAACAAUAAGAGAAUAUAAUGCACAUUUUUUGAUUUUGUUGAACAAAAAGUGGUCGAUUUUACAAAUAGGAUUUGAAUAGGUGUUCCGAAUUUUCAAACGCGUUUCUCUCGUUUCGAGCUUACUGCUAGUUUCGCCCUUUUUAAAUGUUACGCUAGAAUUGGUAUAAAAUUGGAUUUCUGUUUGGUAAUUGCAUUGCACCAGUCAACAACCCUGAAUAAACCUGCCGGAGGCAUCCCAUCCCAUCGUCGAUCAGCGAAAUGCCGCCACGGGCCACAGGAAACGGAAGUUGGAAAACACGCAUCACCAGGACAAUGCUGGCCGUUGUGAUCAUUACCGGGACCAUUUCACAGAUCGGCCAAGCAGGUCCAGCGACAACUGAAAAUGCUAGCAGCACAAGUUUUAACAACAGUUUUCACGAUAGAGCACGUUACGAUCACGGACAUCGGUGGCAUCAUCAUAGGCGUAACGAAAUCGACGAAGAGGCGGCCUCUUUUCCGGAGCUCAGUGAAGAAGAUCAGCACCACAGUAAUCGGCUGCACGGGGGUGGUCUUAUCAGGAGUACCCGGAGUAAUGGCGGGCAGCAAGCUCGAGAGCCCAAGUUUAUCAGCUUUCAGACCAAGGAUAAUAACAUCGAGGUUGAAAUUGACUUCGCCAUCCCAUUCCUAACGAUUCCGGUUAAAAGAUCCAUCGAUGGGGUGAUGUCCUCGGUCCUGCAGGGAACACCGCUGAUCAACGUCAACCUGGGAGCGUUGAUUUUGGCCGGGGUAUUAACCUUAGGUGGCGCUCUGGUCGGCGCGGUAGCAAAGUUGUUCCGCGAUCACAGCUUCAUGACCCCACUGGGACCGAUGGGCAUAAUGCGAUCGGACAUGGACACCGGAAGUGGAGCAGCUUCCAGCUCCGACGAGGAUAAGGAGAAGUUUGCGAUGCUGUCGACGCUGCUGGAAGCUGUCGACAAGAGUCUGCAAAAGUAUGACAUCGACUCUACGGCCUGUACCCAGCGAGCCAUCUGCUGGUACGUGAAGGAAGCCAUGAACAAUGUGUCGGCGAAGCGGGCCAGUAGAAUGGAUAUGGUCCUAAAUGGGUUGAGCAGUGCGGAUUGGGCAAUGAAAUUUACCAAAGGGACGGCAGUCGAAGAUGCAAUCCAGGUUGGGAGGAAAAAUCUCAACUGCGGGCAAGCGUUUCCGGGGUGCACGGUCGGACCGGAAACGGUGCAGCGAAUAAUGAUGCAAAACAGCAAGAAACCUAAGGAAAAACCUAAGAAAUGAGCUCAAUUGCAAGAAUUUCAGUCUUGAAAGUUAGCUCAAAUUGUUAGAACAAGUAGGUAGUCGUAAUAGAAUAAACUAAUUAUUGU